CUGCAAAGUUCCUGCUUCGCUACCAGCCUUACAACCAUCAUGUUGAUCUUGUCGUCUGUCUAACAUAUGCGCCUCAUCACACGAUUGAGUCGGACUUCCUAAUAGAGGUCUAUGUGUUGACUAUCUAAUAACUAUAGCUACCCAUACAUCUCAAAUACUCUCGUCGCGACAUCCUCACCACCGUUACCCCUAGAGUUUCUACGCCAUGGCGGAAGUAAACAAUAAGAGAAGUCACUCAGACUUCGCAGAAAACAAUGGCGAUGAUAGCUCUUCGGAUGAUGAUAUGGGACCUCAAUUGCCUUCCUCUACAGCCGCGCCUAAGAAGAAACGUCGCAUACUCCCUCACGAGAAGUUAUACGUCGAAGCGCUCCCAAAGUCCAUCCGAUAUUCGAAAUCCCUAAUGCACAAAGAGCAAUUAUCAUUCGUCAAUGUGACGCGAUCCGAUUUUCUCAUUACAACUUCUAUCGACGGGGUGGUUAAAUUCUGGAAGAAAGUCGCCGAGGGAAUCGAAUUUAUCAAGGAGUUCAAGGCUCACCAGGGCGAAGUACGAUCAGUCUCAGCUAGCUAUGAUGGCCGAAGCUUUGCGACGGCCGGCGCCGACAACACCGUUAAAAUAUUCGAUGUUAUCAUCUUCGACCUACUUGCUAUGCUUACACUCGACUAUACACCUAAGUGCGUUUGUUGGAUACAUAAACUCGGCGCCUCGCUGCCGCUGCUAGCCGUUUCGGACGAGUCGAAACCCCUGAUUUAUAUUUAUGACGGACGGGGAGAAAGUCAAACUCCGAUACAUACGAUCAAAGGUCUACAUAGGAGCCCAGUUUCGGUAAUGGCCUUUAAUAAUGCGUACGACUGCGUGGUGUCUGCGGACGACAAUGGGAUGCUUGAGUACUGGUCACCAAGCGCAAAUUACGAGAAGCCAGACAACGUGUUCCAAUAUAAGAGCGCUACAAACCUUUUCGAGUUCAAGAAAGCGAAAUCGACACCAGUAUCCUUAACAAUAUCACCUUCGGGGCAUCGGUUUGUCACGUUUUCCGUGCCCGACCGUAAGAUACGAGUCUUUGAUUUCGCAUCGGCGAAACUAUAUCGAACGUACGACGAGUCGCUGCAGGUAAUCGAGGAUAUGCAAAGGGCGGGAACGGCUAUGCAAAAGCUCGAUGAUGUGGAUUUUGGGAGACGGCUUGCUGCAGAGCGCGAGAUCGAAUCGAGUGCACUUCGAAAUAAAGUCAAUGUCAUAUUUGACGAAUCGGGUCACUUCAUCUUAUACGGAUCUAUACUUGGUGUCAAGGUGCUAAACACCUUUACGAAUCAAGUUGUUAAGGUGUACGGAAAAGACGAACAUAUCCGCCCAGUUAACCUAGCAAUCUACCAAGGACAGCCCCAGAAGAAAGGAGUCACAACCAUAGAAAUGGCAGCCUCGAGUAAUCCCCUUCUACAAGAGUCGGAAGCGCGAGACCCGAUACUAUUCGCGACUGCUGUUGGGAAAGUUCGGUUUUAUAUGUUUACAAACGACGAAGAAAUAUCCAAAUCUGAACGAGAUGUUCAAAACGAGAAGCCGACACUCCUAAACCCUAAAAAGGCGGCAGAAAAGAAGACCGCAGAAACUGGUACAGCGGCCGUCCUUCACACGAACUACGGAGACAUCCACGUCCGCCUCUUCCCAGAUGCUGCGCCAAAAGCCGUUGAGAACUUUGUCACUCACUCCAAGCGUGGGUACUACAACAACACCAUCUUCCACAGAGUGAUACGUAAGUUCAUGAUUCAGGGAGGCGAUCCCUUAGGUGACGGAACCGGUGGUGAGAGUAUCUGGGGGAAGGAAUUCGAAGAUGAGUUCAGUACGCUCAAGCAUGACAAACCAUACACUGUGAGCAUGGCAAACGCCGGUCCCAAUACGAAUGGAAGUCAGUUCUUCAUCACUACUGAAAAGACGCCAUGGCUUGAUAAUAAACAUACCAUCUUCGGAAGAGCUGUACAAGGAUUGGAUGUGAUCCAUAAGAUAGAGAACGUACGAACAUAUAAGGAAAAGCCGGAGGAGGAUAUUAAAAUCCUGAAUAUUGACAUCCAAUAGUCGAGUUGUAAUCCAUAGCUGAGGAAGAAAUCAGAUUAGGGGAUGCUACUAACAAGCAUCCAUCUGAAUCCUAAGUUUUCUGAACGUCUCAUAUUUACAUAGUGGUGGCUGUUUCAAAGUCAUGAGAAUAUCCCCCUAAUCAUGACAUUCUCCGAGGCACGGAGUUACU